CAGAUCUUCAGGAGGUGUUGGUUGGUGUUUAAAAAGGCUUCCAGUAAAGGACCCAGACGCCUGGAAAAGUAUCCAGAUGAAAAGGCAGCCUACUUUAGAAGUUUUCACAAGAUCACUGAGCUCCAUAACAUCAAGAAUAUCACGCGGAUGCCAAGGGAGACAAAAAAGCAUGCUGUCGCGAUCAUCUUCUGCGAUGACACCUCCAAGACAUUUGCCUGUGAAUCAGAGCUGGAUGCUGAGGAAUGGUGCAAGUUGCUGUGCAUAGAGUGCUUGGGUACCCGCCUCAACGACAUCAGCUUAGGAGAGCCGGACCUGUUAGCAGCAGGAGUGCAGAGGGAGCAGAACGAACGAUUCAAUGUGUACCUCAUGCCCACACCGAACCUGGACAUCUAUGGAGAGUGCACCAUGCAGAUCACCCACGAAAACAUCUAUCUGUGGGACAUUCACAACGCACGCCUCAAACUCGUCAUGUGGCCGCUCAGCUCCCUGCGCAGAUACGGCCGGGACUCCACCUGGUUCACAUUUGAGUCCGGAAGGAUGUGUGACACAGGAGAGGGUUUGUUUACGUUCCAGACCCGGGAGGGUGAGAUGAUCUACCAGCGGGUCCACUCAGCCACGCUGGCCAUCGCCCAGCAGCAUGAGAGGAUGAUAGAAGAGAUGGAGAAGAGCUCCCAGUUUCACUCCAGAGAGACAUUAACCAAGUCCAUCUCCCUGCCACGCAGCGCCUACUGGCAGCACAUCACGCGCCAAACCAGUAUGGGGGAUCUCUACAGUUACCAAGGGAGGAGUGAAGAGGAAAGACUAACAGACAGAGGAGCUGGGCUCUCGAUGACUUUAAUCCCCCGAGCACAGACCUUCCCCAGUUUUCUGUCAGAUGAGUCUGAGCAGGAGGAGAGGAGCCACCACCAAGAAGAGGCUCCGUCGCCCUCUAGUGGCUGUGAAUCCAGUUGCAGCCUCAGACCGCUUCAAUGACAGAGAGAAGCUUAAAGUGCUGUGGACAUUAACCCAUCACUGUAGAGGAGUCAGCUACCUGAAUAGUGAUACAUGUAAUAUAUCUGUAGAAACGGGAGAAGGAUCAAGGCAGAUUGUAAAGUGUUGCUGCAGAAGUAGCUCCCAAAAGUGCACCAAAAAUCUUCUUACGUGUGAUUUAAAGUGUUUUUUAUGUUGCCAUUGUUCGUUUAACCUCUGCAUGAACUGCUACUUUUUAAACUUUUUUUUUUAAACAAAGCACUUGGAGAGAAGUAAAGAAAAAAAGUCACUUUCAGCUGAAGAUGUGCUGUAAAACAGCUUUAAAAAGCUUUUGUUCUGAAGUUGAUAAAAUAACAUCAGGCAUAAUCCAGUGAGCUGCUGCCUCAGCAGCCUCUUCAAGAGAAGCUCCACCAGUUUUGACACAUAUUUCUCCCCCACUAACCACCUCCCCAUCAGCUUUGUCGCUAGAAUGUGAAAUCGAUCAAUGCCUUACACAAAAAACAGCUUGAUGUCCGUGGAGCGAUGAAUCAGCUAAACUUCCCUAAUCGGUUCCAACCAGCAAAAAAGAAAAAAAGAAAGUCAUUCAGAAAUGGGUUUUGGGGCGGACAGUGGUGUCAGAGAUGAUUAAAAGCACGGCCCUCCUGCAGCCUCUGCUUAAAGUUGCUGGCAUUACUUUUCACUACAUCAAAUUGACUUUAACAACAUCUGAGCUGUUCUGAAGUUCCUGCUGUCAGGAUCGACUGAUAAGCUGUUCAUCAACAGGAAGGUAAAAGCGACCUGAUGGGAUGAUGGGUAAUAAAAACCAGGAAUAAAACUCAUAUUUGGUCUCAAUGACAAGCAUGGAGAAUGUUUCUUCAGCAGGAAAAUAUGACAAAAAUGGGUGUUCUGUGGAGGUUCAGGAAAUAAUUCAGGCUGUUUCCUAACAUGUCUAAGUUAAAUCAUUCUGAGGUCCCUGUCAGCAAAGC